AUGAUGAAGUCACCUCGAGGGCGCAAGUCUGACCUUCACUCUCAGCCUAACGCUACCUCUCCUCCCCACCACAAUUCGCGAUCUCAUUCCAUUCCCCGUCGUCGAGGCUCGUCAUCCAUGGUGUCCGGCGUCCCUCCGAAUACUCCCACCAACGACUCUUUCACGUCUCACGCCUCUCCAGCCUCGUCUUCCUCCACUAUCACCGACGCUGUAGCUUCCUCACAAUGGCUUCAAUCCACCCUCUCCACAGGCGGUCCUUCCCCCGGCGCCCCUUCGCUUCCCGACCAGAUAGCCUAUCUCCUCUCUGACGAACUCACAAACACCUCCCUCCUCCUCUCCAAACACCGUUCUGCACUCUGGUCUUCCCUCCUCGAAGCUCCACUCCGCUCCCUCGAACGCUCCUCCGACUCCAACGCCACCUCCGCCACUCCCACCAUAAACCCGCGAGAGCUCCGUGAGGGCCUGAGCAAGUUCGAAAAAGAACUGACGGGGCGCUACCACGAGCAGAUGGAGAUGUUGAAGAAGAGUUUACGAAGACGGGCAGAGGCUGCGGUAGUCGAAUGGGAGGAAUCUUCCUGGGGACGCGUACUCGAACAUGUUCAGGAGUUGGAGAACCGUGUCGAGAGGACGACGAGCGUGAUGAAGAAGCCUAUUCCACUUCCAGACGAACGAACUAUCUCCGCGGGUCCUGGCCAAGGCGCAGCCGGACUGCGAUCUCAAUCACCACCCCAAGGAGCCUGGAGAUACGACGAACUGGUCGUCGAGGUGCAACAGCAGCGUUCGAGGAUCGCUAUGCUGACGGACGAGAGGGCUCGUUUAGUGGCUGAGGUUGCUGAGGAGAGACAGCGAGCGAAGAACUUCGAGAACUCGUAUCAGGUGGCGAGCGACGGGUUGGCCGACCUUAGACAGGAGCUUGGGAUGGCACAUGCGGUCGUCGAAGAGCUGAAGCAGCAGUUAGGCGAGGAGAAGGAGAGGAGGAAGGGUUCGGAGAGGUUACUCGGGGAAGAGAGACAGGAGAGCAGAGUGUUGAAGCAGACGCUGGCGCUGAAGGGACGUGCAGCCACUCUUGGUCCCGGAGAGCUGGUGUUCAACGAGGGGGAUAUCAGGGAUAUGGAGGACGAGUUGCUCGGUCUCAGGGCGGAGGUGAGGAGGUAUCAAGAUUUGGAGGCCUACGAGCGAGAUCGAGGGGAGGUCCGGAUGGCUGGCAGACGGAGGGCGGAGAGUCUCUACGAGGAGGAGGACCGACGAGCACGAGCAGCGAGGAGGGAGAGCAAGGACAGGGCGGGUCGCGGGAGUCCACUUCGCUCGGAACAGCCACCACGAACCUCGAGGAGCGCGAGCCACAGCCACGCCAGGCGGGGUUCGUACGACUCUGCGAUGAUGCUCCAGCAGGCUCAGUAUCCGCCCUCCACCACAGCUUCAGGCCCGUUUGAUACCAACGGUCGUCGUGUUCAGUUUGCUGCGGGGAUUUAAGUCGGGCGUGUGUUCGUCGUGUUUUUGCUUCUGCUUUCGCUGUGUUCAUGAGAUCGGGCGUGGUGUUCUUAUGUUUAUGGUCAUCUUUCGUGCUUAGACUUGCUGUGUUACCCUGUGCUUCACCUACUACAUUACCCUCAUAAAUUUAUCCUGAUUUAUUGUAAUAUACCCUUCUGUAACCGUCACAAUCAUAGAAAC